AUGAGCUCUUUCGAGGACCUCAUCGAGACCGCCGUCCGCGAUGGUAUCCUCCCGGGCGUCGUCCUUUACGCAAAGGACAAAUCUGGACAACUCGACUACGCCAAAGUCAUCAGCCCAGAGAACACACCUCACAUUCCCACCCUAACCUCCUCAUCAACCCUCUGGCUUGCCUCCGCCACAAAGCUCAUUACCACAAUCGCCGUCCUCCAGCUCGUCGAGCGCGGCAAAGUGACCCUCGACGAGGACGUCGCACCCCACAUCCCCGCCUUAGCCUCCCAACAAGUCCUCACCGGCUUCACUUCCACCUCGGACGACGAUGCGAGACCGGUCCCGAUCCUCGAACCCCGCGGGAACCCCCUGACCCUCCGUCACCUCCUGACCCACUCCGCCGGCACCACCUACGACUUCCUCUCCCCGGACGUCAUCCAACGCUGGCAGGCCCUCAACGACAUCACGCCCAUCUCCGGCGCCAACGUCGAAGAGCGCUUCGCCCACCCGCUCGUCUACCAGCCGGGCCGCGAAUGGUCCUACAGCAACAGCAUAGACUGGGCAGGCUGUGUCGUCGAGUCCGUCACGGGCGUCGACCUGGAGACCUACCUCCGCACCAACAUCUUUGAACCCCUCGGCCUCGAAUCCUUCACCUUUUCCCGUGCCCGCGUCGCCGGUGAGGAGGAGGCGGGGGAGAAAAAGAAGGGGGGGGAGAAGGGAAACAACACCCUCUGGCCACUAAGCGAACGCGAAGCCUCAACGGGCCGCGUGAUCCCGCACACCACCGGUGUCGGCAUCGACCUCCAACGUGGCGUCGAGGCCCCGCUCGGCGGGCAGGGCUUGUACGGGCGUAUGGACGAGUACCUCGUGAUCCUGCACUCCCUGCUCCUCGACGACGGCAGGCUCCUCCGCCCGCAGACCGCGGCGGGGAUGUUCCGCCCGCAGCUGGGCGAGGCCUCAAAGAAGAGUCUCUUGGAGAAAAUGGAGGAUUCGUCGUGGACUGUCGGGGACCUGCCCCCGACGCGGGAGUAUGACUGGGCGUUUGGCGGGUUGCUCGUCGACGGGGAGGCGCAUCCGCGCCGGAGGCCGGGGACAUUGAUUUGGGGCGGGGCGGCGAAUAUCUUUUGGUGGAUCGACCGCGAAACCGGACUCGCUGGUGUGUUUGGCACCCAGAUCAUGCCGGCCGGCGAGGCGGUGACCAGGGGCUACAUCAAAGCCUUUGAAGACGAAAUGUACUCGAGAGUCCAGAGUUUGAAGAGAGGGUAUUGA